CACUCCAUCAACCGCCCAGUGUUGUUUAUUUUUAUUUGUAUUGUCUCCGUCUGAAGUUUAUCCUUUAACCACCUGACAUUUGAUGCCAUCUGAAACCUGUCAUCGCUGGUGAUGACAUCUGCAGAUCGGUGUCUCCGUCCUAUCAACCUGUGUUGACAGCUGAAUCCUGUCAUCCCACAUCCGCCGUCUGUCACCCUCCAGCCACCUGACAUAUGACAUCUGAAGCCUGUCAUCCCACACCCUGACAUCCGCCGUCUGUCACCCUCCAGCCACCUGACAUAUGACAUCUGAAGCCUGUCAUUGCCUAUGAUGACAUGAACAACUCGUACCCCAUUCAUCCUGUUAUUGCCCAAGGCUGGUCCCAGAACGAAUGCAACAGAAGAAACUGGUCCCGCUACUUAGCCCGUCUAGAAGCACAGAAAAUUGACCCGUGCAUGGAACCAUACCGGUGCCUACCCUCACCACAGCCAGACACAGCCCGGGGGAGGUACGGCUUUAUUGACGGGUACGAGACCUGCUCCAUCCGCUCCUACAGGUACCGUGCCGGUGGAUGCACCAAGGUGGUGCUGCAAACGACCGUGACGUCACCGACUUCUGGCCCCACCGUCUGCACCGAGGAGUUCAUCGAAUGUCCCGGGGCCCUCAACACCUUCGUUCGCUUCUGAGCAAGGAAUAAGCUCUGUUUCCACACUGCGUCAACCAUUUCACAAAUCUAUCGUCGUUACUUAGCCAACAAAUUGUAAGAACAAGCAAGCAAACCUUAUUACCAUGUUGCUCGUGAAGAUAUUAAUGGCAGUUCGAUAGAUCCUGAUAUGCCAGACUCCAUAAAACGGUUACAGGAGCAGAGGGCUGAGCGUGGAACUUGAAAAUGGCGUUGACGGCUCAAACACAUAAGAAAACUCUGACUAGCCUGCCGGUAGUGGCAGCAGACGAGAGUGACAUCACCAGAUUCAGAUCUGAAGCUUUAGCAGCACACAAUGAAUGCAGAGCGAAACACCAUGCUCCCCCACUCACUCUAAGCGCUGACCUCAACGACUACGCCCAAAAUUGGGCGAACCACCUGGCCAAGACGGGCAAGCUGGCCCACAGCGAUUGUAAGAUGAACGGGGAGGUCCUGGGGGAGAACGUGGCCUACAAGUGGGCGUCUGGUGGGCCAGGGGCGGACAUGACAGGCAAAGAUGCAACACAGAUGUGGUACGCCGAGAUUAAAGAUUACAAAAGUUAUGCUGAUGCAUCAAGUGCAUCUAGUAAUACAGGUCACUUCACGCAAGUGGUGUGGAAGUCAACAAAACAGCUCGGCAUGGGCAAGGCCAAGACCAGUGACGGCAAGGUGUUCGUGGUGGGGAGCUACAGACCCCCCGGGAACUACGUGGGGAUGUACAAGGAGAAUGUGCUACCCCCCAAGUAAAUGCCGCCACCGCCGCCCCUGAUGAAUGUAGAAGAAUUGACUCUAUUUUGGCUCUUGUAAGAUGGUCGGUCGGCUGGACGUAUUGAUGCUUCGUACCUUAAUUAUGUUUUCAUGUCUGUAGUCCUUACCCUGGGUAUAAA